GAGAAGUGCACUGGACAGCAGUUAAGGACGGAACGUGAGGAGCAUCGUUUGCACUUCAAACCGCGAGAAAAGCCUGAGAAAGGAAAGAAUUAUGAGAAGCAAAACCAGCUGAGGAAAGCAGUGCCACGCUUGUGUCCGUAUGGGCACGAAGGAUUUGCGGUGGUACAGAUCACAUCUGAGGGCUGAGAGAUUGGGGGAAGAGCACGAAGACACUGAGAGCUGAGUUCUACGGAUGUAUAUGGGGCUAAUUGCUCCUCUGUACUGAAUAUUUAACAAAGGGAGGCACUGCACAUCCAGGUGGAAGCAGUGAGGAUGCCAAGAGGGACCCAUCCUUGCAAUGAGAGGUCUUAAAUGCAGGAAACUCGUGGGAAAAGGAGGGCUGUGGAGGUAAGGCAGUCAGAAGGGGAAGCGGCCUCCGAAGUAAUGCAAUGCAUUAACACCGACAGCGAGGCGAGGCGAGUGGAAAUUAAACGGCGUUGGUAAAUAAACGUAUGUUAUGAGAGACGCGGGGGUGAGAUGAGGAGAAAGGAACCAAAGCAGCGCUGCCGGGCAGCGGCUCCACCACACAGCGAGCAGCGCUGGCAGGGCGGGCGGCUCUGCCCCCCUCCAUGGGAGCAACGGGGAUGUAUUCCAACCCCCGACCCCACAGCGCUACGGGGAAGGAAAAAGAAAAUCAACAGCAGAAGCCGCGUCUCUUCCCGUUGGAGGGGCCGGGCGGCGCGGAUACCCAGAGGUGCUGUCAGAUGGAAUCGCCUCAGCGCGCCCUGCCCGCUCCCCGCCUCUCCCACCGCACACCGCGGACGCCGAACGCAGCCGGCUGCGCUGCGGGGCCGCGGGCGGGGCAGGGAAUCCCGCUCCCCUCAGCCCGAGGGCUCCCCGCGGCCUGCCGAAGUGCCGCCCCGGCUCUCCCCCGGCUCUGCCCCGCGAGGCCCCGCGCUUCGCACGGCGCUGCCCGGCCCGGCGGGGCCGCGGCUCGGGGCGCGCGAGAAGCCCGGCGCAUGCGCAGCGCCGCGCUCCGGACCCCCAACGGCCGCCACCGACCGCCGCGCUCCCCUCGGCGCAGGGCGGGCGGACUCACCGAGGCGCAGGGGCUGGAGGUGGCGCUGGGGGAAAGAGCAGAAGUGCAACGUGUCGUGGAUCAGCAAUGUAACACCAUAUGGGAUCCCUUUUGUCCUCAGUAGGUCUGAAGAUCAUAUAGGCACGCUGCUGUAUAUACCUCACAUGCUUUCUGUUCUAUUUUACUCACAUACAGUGUUUGCUGUCUGCAUAAUUUUUUCUCUCUGCUUUGUUCCCUGUGACACAGAAGCAGCACAGCAGCCUAUGGGAAAACACUUCUUCCUUGCAGCUAAGAAUGACCCUGCAGGGCCCUUUGCAGGCGGGUUGAGAAGAUCCUCACAUCUGUUUUCCUUGCAAGGGGCUUUUGACAGCGCUGGACUUAAGAGACCUUGAAUGUGAAGCUGUGUGACACGAGGCGUUGAGUUCAGCACAGGAGAAGAAGUUGGUCUGCCAAAGCCAAAAGACAGCCUGCAGCAGUUCCAAGUGGUGGGUGAGACAUAGCAACCCCGGGGAUCAUUGCUUAGCAACUGCAAACACACCGAGGAGUGAACCUCACUGCCUGGAUCCACAGCAGUCCUGAGAAGUCCCUGUUUCACCUGGAGAUCUCUCAUGUUUGAGAACUGAUGGGCAUCCAUUUAAUUCCUGUUCGCUUGCAAAGCCACACUGAAAGCAAGAAGAAUAAAGUCUGUGUUGAUACCUGCUCUAAAGUCGUCGGUGUAUGGCUGCUCAGCCAGAAGAAAUGGCCCAAGAUGGAGGUCUGAAGCGUCCCAAAGCUGGAGCUUUGUGUGGUGUGACUGCCUCAGAAAUGGAGAGAAAGCCAUGGGGUGCUGAGCUGCCACGUCUCAGCCGUCACGCUCCGUGGGAAGGGUGCUUUUAUGACAAGGUGCAGCAGAGGACCCUGAGUCUGCAGGAGGAGAAGGUGAGGACGAUUCGUGCACGGAAGGCGGAAGAAGAAAAGGUAACAAAGAGAGAGCCCUGUGAUGGGCUGUGCCAGGAGUGGCUCAGUAACGAGGAGGGGUCUCUGGAUGCUCGCACCUAUUUGACUGACAAACUCCUACCAACGUUAAUCCCAGGAGUGGAAAAGCUGUUAAUGGAAGUAGAAAGGAAGGACGUGCUUGCAGCAGCCGAGGAGCACGCCAGGCUGGACCCCAUUACUUUUCUUGGAGAAUAUCUGAUGAGGCAUAACCCACAGUAUGACACCUCUACCAACCCAGGGCCCUACCUGAGGGGACUGAAGGCGGCCACAGAGGAGCUAAGAAGGGAGAUCCCAGAUACGGCAUCGGAGAGGCUGGCCAGGAUGAAGUCUGAGGCAAAAACCAAGCGUAAGGAAAGAGAACAGGCAGAAAGGAUGAAGUGCCAGCAGAAAGAGAUGAGAAAAGCAGCACUGGCAACUCAGUUCAAAGAAUGGACAGCGGAUGUCAAUGGCAGAAUUCCAGUUGCAUUGAUUCAGAGUGCACUGAGGAUUUUUCUGGAUGUCUGUGCUUCUAUGCCCGUAGACACAAGAAAAGCCUAUGAGAGGAAGCUGGAAAUCACAGACAUGUGGGGGGAAAACGUAAAUGCUGAUGGAUUCAUAGAGUAUGUCCAUUCCUACACGGAGAACUUUCCAAAUGAUGCAUUCCAGGAGGUCCUGAAGCACCUCGGUCAGUGUGCUGCUGACUUCCAAGAAUCCAUCAAGCAUAAUACGUGCAGGCAGAUGUUUAUUGACCUCUUCCUACACUGUGAUCGAGGACAGGUUGGUGUCUUGGAUAGACCCCAAAUACUUGACCUGCUGGAGCAGUUCUAUGAGAGGAGCUCUGUGUGUGCCAGGAGGAGAUUCUGCAACCCCAAAGAGUGGCCAAUAGUCGAGCUGCAGGAGGUCGGUCUGGAGGAUCUGUGGGGAGGCCUUGAGGACCAGCAAGGUUAUGAGGAGCCUGGAGAAGGUUUGUUUUAUUCUCAAGCAGAGAUUUCUGAGAGAGACGUUUCAGCACGUGAAGCUGCAGCUGACGACAGGGCGGGCAGUGAUGGAAUGAGCAUAAUUGACAGAGGUCGUUUGGAACAAAUGGAUGUGAGUGAAACAGAGACUGGAGGAAUUCCUACGGAAGAAAACCAAGCAGCAGAAUCAGGUGGUGCUGAGGAUGCUGUGGCUGCAGAGGCCAUGAAGGAACCUCCCGCAGGAGAAGAGGGUUUCAGAAGGCAGCACAGCACCUGGUCUGGGCAGCAGACAAGCUCAGGGACAGCAGUGCAGGACAAGGCCCAUCUGCAGGAGCCAGCUGAAGACCUCCAUAACACCAUGGCAGGCAUUGAGAGCCGCAGUGCUCCUCGUGCUGGGAGCGCCUUCGAUGGGAGCUGCCUCAACCUGCCGCGCUUUGUUCAGCUCAUGGAGACGUUCCUCGGGGAAGGCAUGGCUCUGCCUGCCGUGGAGGGGCUCAUUGGGUUCAUCAGAGAGGAAUACAAACAGACCGAAGAGGAAAAAGUGAAACAACUAGAAAAAGCACAUCACAGCUCUCGUUUGACCCGACGGGAACUGCUUCUGGAAGCACUGUUUGAAAAGUGGGACAUCAACGCGUCUGGGUUUCUGGAGAUGAAAGAGGUGGAGGCUGCUCUGAGUGCAUUCAAGGAAGGAAUGGAAAAAGAGGCUGUGAGGAUGGCAAAGAACCACUUUUGCUCACGUUACCCUCAGCUUGGCAGAGUGGGGAAGCUAUCCCCAAAGGCAUUCCAGGCUUUCCUCGAGUUGGUGGCUUCUGAGCUCACUGGGGAUGAAGAUGAAGUCAUUGAUAACAUCGUGGAGUUUCUGACCACAAGAGUGGAACGAAGUCACACGGAGUGCUUGCAAAGCUUGGCGAGGAGGAGAUGGCUGCACAGCAUCCAGCAGGCGGCCGAGAGGAGCGGAGCACGCAUGGAGCCGGUGUACGACGCGGUGCUCAAGGCCCUCCUCAAGGAUGCAGAAGCCCACGGGGAUAACAAGAAGAUCAGUGCAUAUAUUGCCCUUUUGGAAGAAAACCAGCUCUCACCAGAGCGGGGACAGACGCUCUUACGCUAUGUGACAUGCACCACAGAUGAUGCUCCGUAUGUUCUAAACCAGAUACUCUACAGAGACAGGAAAGGAGUAAGCUUUGCAGCUGUAGAAGAGGAAAAGCCAAUCCAUGUGCCAAGAGUUCAGCUGCAUGGAAAUAUCCACUUCUGGAACCAGGACCGCCCAGCUGAGCAGAGGAGAGGCUCAUUCCUGGUACUGCCAUUGCAGGAUGCUCACUGGAGAGUCUUUGGCACCCUGGGACUUGAUACCCUUCGGGACCCGAGUGAGAAAACCAUCUUCCUGACCCACGAGAUCAGCUUCUACCAGGGAGUUUCUCAUGCAUUCAGCAAAGCCUACCACCAUGUGUGUGCACUGGGAAGUGUUCUGCAGAUGGCCCUCACUGCUCUGGACUGGUUGUAUCACAGAGUGCCCAGCAUCCACACUGUCAGUACAUACCUGGUGGAGCCUGGCAACGAUCAGACGUGUGACUAUGCUCUGCGCAGAAUGGCUACCACAGACAGUACAGGACAAAAGGAAAUCCAUACCUCUCCUGUCCUCCUCCUCAGAAAAGAGAACCUCUUCAGAGAUUACCUGUUUAAGUGCACAGACUGCUCAGAGGUCGUUCACAGUUCUGUCUGUGGAGAGCAGCACAUUGCAGUGCCUCUCCGGGACCUGUCGGGACGAGCCCUGGGGUUGUUUGAUAUCAGCAUCGGACACCACCAGGCAUUACCUCCCCACGAACGUAAGGACCUGCAGAGAAUGCUGAAGAUGGCCCAAGCUGCCUGCUCAGAGAUACUGAAGAUGCCUUCAGAGGAAACCGAAGCAAGCCGUGUCCUGGAUGCAGAACACAGGAAUGUGAGGCAUGCAGGGAUUCUCUUCCACCGGUUCAUGCUGCAGGACCUGCGUGAGCGUAUCCAGAAACUGAAUGCUGAGAGCUUUGCUGAAAUCAAGAGCUGUGAAGACCCACCAGCUCUGGUCCAUAACAUAAUGAAGGCCGUGCUGUUGCUUUUGCAUCCAGAGUGGGAGGGCACGGAGAAGACUGAGAAGUGGAAUCAGUGCAUACUGCAAUUUGACGACGAUUUAAUUCAGGAGAUGUAUUGCUUUGAUCCAACUGCUGCAUCUGUGCACGUUCCAGCAGAGAUGGUGCAGGACUGUAUCAAUGGAGCGCCUCAGGCAGCAGCGUGGCCACGGGGCUCCACCACAGCCCGGCUCCUGGAGCUCUGGGCACACACCUGCCUGUGCCUGGCCCAGCUGGCAGAGAGCAUGCAGAGCAACACGGCCCCGUCCUGCAGCGCUGCCCACAGCAACGCCUCCUGUCAGACCCCCGUCUGCUCCCCCAGCCCCAGUGUUCCCCAUAUUGGACGCCUGUUUCAUAAUUAAAUGAACCGUUUGCUUUUAUUAGUUACACACCGCGACUCAGCGCCCAUCAGGAUGGUCUGUCAGGUGCCGUUGAGAAAGGGCAGUAAAAACAUGGCAAGGAAAUCAUUUUGCUGGUAUGAGCCUAUCUACUGAGCCUUAAAAAAGCUGCUUGAGGCUUUAUUAUUAUUAUUAAAGUUCCAAAGAGAGAGACUGGGAACACUUGAUGGCAACAGCACUGAGCAGCCCCACAGCACAGCAGCUCAGGAUUCCCUCUCCUUCAGUCACGUUUCAGAAGCAGCCCUAAUUGAGGGCUGUUCAUCAGCACUGUUAGCAGUUACAGGCUGCAUCUGCGCAACGCUCCUUUUGGCAGAACGGCUUCUUUUAAUAAAACUUCGGGAAAUUAAA